AUGAUAGGCGAGUCGGAGUACCUCUCGGGGGACGCGGAUAGGGCUGGGCUGGAACAAGCACUUUUGGAGUUUGCGGCGUGGUGUUGUGCAGAUAAGGGUGGCCGCGUGUNGAGUUUGUUGGGUGUCGCACGUGUUCACGUUCGCGCGGGUACAAAGAGUCGGAAUAGGGUUCCCGUCUCGUGGGAGACGUUGUUGGAAGGACAGCAGUUGACGGCGUCUUGGGGUACAGGUGGCCGCGCGUUGUGGCUGUGGUUGGCGUUGUCGUACUUCCUGGUGGCGCGUUCGGAUGAGGUUUUUGCCACACUGUCGGGGCAAUGCCACCAGGUGCAUUGUUUGCGGCGUAGCGACGUCGAAUUCUUUGAUGGAGAGGACGUGCUAGCCCAGUUGCACUGGCACAAGGCCACAGGAGUUCGGGUUCGGUUUCGCGGCCACAAGGGGGAUCAGUCGGAGAAGGGGGCGUGCGUUACACGAGUGCGCGAAGUAGCACGAGGCGCGAGUUCUCAGAUUGGAGCCGGUGGCGGUGCCGUGGCGGUGUUGGUGGAAUUGAUGGCGUGCCAUCUCGCGUUACCUGAGGACGCUCCUCUGUGUUCGUUUCGCUGUAGGAGGAGCAAGACGAUUAAGGUUUGGGGAUAUUCCAAAGCUCUUAGCGCCCAGAUUGUGGAGAAGGCAGGUGGCAACCCGAAACAGGUUGGCCUGCAUUCGUUGAGAAUCGGGGCCGCCACCACGUUGGCAGCAGGAGGAGACGUACCGGACAGAAUUAUACAGGGAGAGGGUAGAUGGAAGGAAGGCUCGGGUACGUUCAAAAUAUAUACUAGGAAUAACAUGGUGGACGUAGACAUGGUAUCCCGUAAACUAGCGAAGGGGAAGAAGACGGAGCAGAAGAAGGGUUAGCAUACACGAAGGUACGGGCAAGGGGACAAAAUGCCAUCCCACUAAACGUUGAUGUUGGUGGAUGGCAAUGGUAUGGAGUACCAUUGGGGGGUCUCGGUGUAUUGAGACGGCAUUUUGUUUGGACCUGCCAGUUGACAUGGA